AUGGCAGUAUCCCUUUUUGCCGCUGCGCUUGCAUGCUCUACCGCCUACUACUGGAUGCCCAUGAAGCUGGCCAGCAACCAAAAAAACGACCCUCUCGCCGCCAUCAUGCAGAUCCUGGUCCUCAUGCUCCACGGCUGUCUCGGCUACGGCCUGUUAUCUGCGUCAAGGGCCUACCCACACAUGACAGACAUUGUCGACUACAAUAUCCUGCACACGCCUGCCGGCCACAUGUUUCUGGGACUGCUGGCUUUUUGUGCCUGGGCGCUCGGUGCUGGCUCCGUCUCGCUUAUGGGUCUCUUCAUCGCGGGCAAGAUACGCGGCACGCGGCACGAUCCACCUCCGCCAGAAGUGUCGGGGAUGGGGAAAACCGAGCGCCUGUUGCGGAUUUUCGCGCCAUUUGCACUCGUUUACGUCGCCUGCUGGCUCUUUUGUCUCGCGUCGGUGGGCGUGCUGCAGAUUGCGCCGUCGCGUGCAAGGGCUAACGGGGACUUGACGUGGAGUGAUUUGCUUCGCAGGCCAGCAGUGGCCGGUGCCGUCUUAUUUAUCGUCGCGGCUUCUCGCUUACUGGGUCGGGUGGUUGCUGACAUGUCUGGGUAA